UUAGCUUAAUUUAGGUGUAGAUAAUAAAUUUGUGUACAUAGAACAUUGUGUAAAUAAAAAUGGGUGAAAACACCGGCGGGGGCCAGCCCCCCGGUGAUAAAGAACCGAAAGAACGGAAGAAACGAAAGUUGGCGACUCCGGACCUUAACACGAACUAUAAAAUGUUUGUUAAGCCUAAUUACAAGCGACAAUUCCCAGACAAUCACAGUGCAGAGUGCGUCGUGUAUGUAGAAUCGCAGGAAAAUGAUAAGUUAGGCAAUAGGAAUCCCAUUGCUCUGACUAAACUAUUCACGGACAAUGUUAAAGGAAUAGUCGGCGUGCAUCGAGUGAACGCGCAUAAAGUAGGCGUCACUUUUAAAAAACCUGCACCGGCCAAUAACUUUCUCAAAAUGGACAAUUUUUUGGGCAAACAUAAGUUAAAAGCGUUUGUACCAGCACACCUUACAGAGACGACCGGCGUGUUACGUUACGUGCCUAAGGAGAUGAGUAAUGAAGAGAUCUAUAAAAACAUUACCUGUGACACGGAAGUGAUCUCUGUUAAGAGAUUCAUGAGAAAAGUGGACGGCAAAUUGGUACCCAUAGGUACGAUUGCUGUUACUUUUGCGGCUACGACUUUGCCCCAAUAUGCAUACAUGCAAAUGUACAGAUACCCCAUACACAUGUAUAUACCACCACUGCUGCAAUGCUAUAAAUGUUUAAAGUUCAACCACUCAGCAAGAGUUUGUCGAGGCGAACAAAUGUGUUCAGCUUGUUCCGGACAGCAUUCAUAUAAAGAAUGUGAUGUAGACGAAAUCACCUGCAUUAAUUGCAAAGGCAAUCACUUGGCGAUCUCCAGAGAUUGCCCUGUGAAACAAAGGAAAAUGGAAGAAAAGAAAGCCAAGUAUGAAAACCUCGGCCGAAGUUUUGCCACUGUGGUGAGUAGUACUGCACCAUCAGUCCCUGUACCUACAACUAAUCCAAAAGUAUUUCCAACCAUAACCAAACCAAGUAAUACUGUAGGCGUAAGCCAAACUUCCCUGAAUAUUGAGCAACUACUGAAUGACGACACCAUCAUUAAUGCAUUAAUCAAAUCUUUGGUUAUGCUUGGGAAUGACAGAAGUGAUACUCCGAUUAAUAAUAUAAGAAUAAAAGAAAUACUCAAAGCAAAUUUAUUAAAUUAAAUCAUGGACACUUGUUUACAUCUAGCACAGUUUAACAUUCAAAGUUUGUUACAUAAGAAAGCCCUAUUAAAUACAUUUCUUGCAGAGCAACAGAUAGACAUUUGUUUAUUAAAUGAAACAUG